UCCUGCCUGCUGACACCAGCCACCAUGUGGGAGUUUGUGGCUUUCUUGGGGCUCAUCCUAGUCUGUUUCUUUUGGCCCAGACAAAGGUCUCCUGGCACCAAAUACCCAAAGAGCCUCCCAUGUCUCCCCAUAGUGGGCAGCCUGCCGUUCCUCCCCAGAAGCGGCCACAUGCACAUCCACCUGUUCAACCUGCAGAAAAAAUAUGGCCCCAUCUAUUCCUUUCGUUUGGGCUCCAUAACGACAGUGAUCAUUGGCCACCACCAGCUGGCCAGGGAGGUGCUUGUCAAGAAGGGGAAGGAAUUCUCUGGACGGCCCCUGACAACGCCCAGUGUAGCCCUCUUGUCAGACAAAGGGAAGGGCAUCGCCUUCGCCGACUUCAGUGCCUCAUGGCAGCUGCACCGGAAGCUGGUACUGAGCACCUUUUCCCUGUUCAGGGAUGGCCAGCAGAAGCUGGAGAACAUAAUAUGUCAGGAACUCAGUGCCAUGUGUGACCUUCUGGCCACCCGCGAUGGACAGGACACAGAUUUGUCCGCGCCAGUCUUCACAGCGAUUGUCAACGUCAUCUGCAUGAUUUGCUUCAAUACCUCAUACAAGAUCGGCGAUCCAGAGUUGGUGACCAUAAAGACCUUCACUGAGGGCUUUGUGGACAACGUGAACAACAACAGCAUGGUGGACAUAUUCCCCUGGCUGCAGAUUUUCCCCAAUAAAGCCCUAAAAAUUAUAAGGCAACAUCUUAAAGAGCGAGAUGCUAUGCUGAGGAAGAGGCUGAAAGAGCACAAGGAGAAAUUCAGAAGUGACUCUGUCACCGACCUGACAGACCUACUGAUCCAGGCCAGGGUGAAUGCAAACAAUAACAACUGUGACCUAGAAGAGGAUUCAAACACACUUUCAGAUAAGCACAUUCUCACCACCUUAGGGGACAUCUUUGGGGCCGGCGUGGAGACCACCACUUCCAUUGUGAGUUGGAUCAUAGCCUUGCUGAUACACAACCCUCAGGUGAAGAAGAAGAUCCAGGAGGAGAUUGACCAGUAUGUGGGCUUCAGCCGCAUGCCGACUUUCAAUGACCGGAGCCAUCUGCUCAUGCUGGAGGCCACCAUCCGAGAGGUCCUCCGCAUCCGGCCCGUGGCCCCGGUCCUCAUCCCGCACAAGGCUGUCACCGACUCCAGCAUCGGGGAGUUUACCAUCGACAAGGAUACAAACGUGCUUGUCAAUCUGUGGGCUCUGCAUCACAGUGAGGAGGAGUGGGACCGACCAGACCAGUUCCGGCCUGAGCGCUUCCUAGACUCAGCGGGGAGCCAGCUCAUCACCCCGUCCUUGAGCUACCUGCCCUUUGGGGCUGGGCCCCGCUCCUGCGUGGGGGAGGCCCUGGCUCGCCAGGAGGUCUUCCUCUGCAUGGCCUGGCUGCUGCAGAGGUUCGACUUCGAGGUGCCGGAAGACGGGCAGCUGCCCUGCCUGGAGGGCAUCCCCAAGAUGAUCUUUCUCAUUGACCCCUUCAAAGUGAAACUCACGGUGCGCCAGGCCUGGAAGGAAACCCGGGCUGAGGGAAGCACCUAGAAUUGGCACCGGCCACCCAGACGCAGAGGUGUGUGCGGUGUGCACACAGCUGGAGGCGCAGCUCCCACUGCCUCCCUCUUUUGCCUGCAGCAUCGGCAGGCGAUGUG